AUGCCACGACACAUUCUUUUUAUUUUCAUUCUAUUUUCGCAGAGUUUUAUUGCAUCCGUCGAUGGUUGUAGUUGUUUUGCUGAAAUUUCGUUGCAAAAAUAUUUGGCUGAAGCAACACAUGUAUUUAUCGGCACUGUUACUCAUAUCGAGUUCGUUCAGGAGCAACUUGAACAUCGAAUUACGUUCCAAGUAGAGAAGGUAUUCAAAGGCGUGAUACCAUCUGACCGUCGUCUGAUCGCCAAAACAGCGCUCGAUUCCGCAUCUUGUGGUGUGUCGAUGCGUGUUGGUGAAAAGUGGCAAGUUUGGACGUAUGGAGAAUCUGACAAUCCGAGUGUGAGUUUGUGCAGUCCAACAACGAAAGACACCUCACAAAAUAUCAACUUUCUCAAUCGAUAUGCAUCGUCGGCAUCUAGCUGUCGGCAAAUAAUAGCGAUUCUUAUUCUGCCAAUACUUGUUCUUAUUAAUUAUGCAUAA